AUGGCCGAUGAUGCGGAAGUAGCGCGAUUGAUGAGGGCGAUGGGCGGCGGUGGCGGUGGCGAGCGCAAGGAAGCGGCGGCCCACCCGAGCAAGGUGCCCAUCAGCCCGCGCGGACACACGACCGAUCUCGAGGAGAACCUCGAGGGCAUGACCAAGGAGGAGGCCCGCCUGCUCCGCUCCAUGCACACCACCACCGGCAAGGCCACCACCGCCCACGCCGCCGCCCCUGCCCCCGCAAAGAAGUGGGCCGACCCCGUCGCCGCCAAGCCCGUCCCCCCUCCGGAGAACGUGGUGAGGGAGGACACCCACCACCAGCAGACCGCGGCGGCCGCCGUUCACGCCGAGCCCGUCGUGCAGCAGCGCGAGCCCGUCGUGGAGCACCGCGCCCGCCCCAAUCACCCCGAAGAGGAGGCGCUGGUGGAGGUGGUGGCCGACCCGGAGGCCCUGAAGCAGAAGGAGGAGGAGCAGGCCGCCAAGGAAGCCUCCCGCAUGGAGCGCCUCCUGGCCAAGAAGUUCAUCGUCUGA